CCGGAGUAAGAUGGCUGCAGUGCGUGUGUUGCGGACCUGGAGCCGGAGUGUCGGGCGGCUGGUUUGUGUUCGCUACUUUCAAACAUGUAAUAAUGUUCAUGCUUUGAAGCCAAAAUAUGUGUGUUUCUUUGGUUAUCCUUCAUUUAAGUAUAGUUAUCCACAUCGACUGCUGAAAACAACUGCCAGUCAACAGGGACAGAUUGUUCAAUUCAAACUCUCAGACAUUGGAGAAGGCAUUAGAGAAGUAACUGUGAAAGAAUGGUUUGUGAAAGAAGGAGAUACAGUGUCUCAGUUUGAUAGCAUCUGUGAAGUUCAAAGUGAUAAAGCUUCUGUUACCAUCACCAGUCGUUACGAUGGAGUCAUUAAAAAACUGUAUUAUAAUAUAGAGGAUACCGCCUAUGUGGGGAAGCCAUUAGUAGACAUAGAAACAGAAGCUUUAAAAGAUUCAGAGGAAGAUGUGGUUGAGACGCCUGCCGUGUCCCAUGAGGAGCACACUCACCAGGAGAUAAAAGGCCAGAAGACACUGGCCACCCCGGCAGUUCGCCGCCUGGCAAUGGAAAACAAUAUUAAGCUGAGUGAAGUUGUUGGCUCAGGAAAAGACGGCAGAAUACUUAAAGAAGAUAUUCUCAACUUUUUGGAAAAGCAGACAGGAGCUAUAUUACCUCCUUCACCAAAAGCUGAAAUUAUGCCACCUCCACCAAAACCAAAAGACAGAGCUGUUCCUACACCAAUAGCAAAACCCCUGGUAUUCACAGGCAAAGAUAGAACAGAACCCAUAACAGGCUUUCAGAAAGCAAUGACCAAAACCAUGACUGCAGCCCUGAAGAUCCCUCACUUUGGGUAUUGUGACGAGGUGGACCUUACUGAACUGGUUAAGCUGCGAGAAGAAUUAAAGCCCGUUGCUUCCGCUCGUGGAAUUAAACUCUCCUUUAUGCCCUUCUUCAUAAAGGCCGUUUCCUUGGGGCUGCUGCAGUUUCCCAUCCUUAAUGCGUCUGUGGACGAAAGCUGCCAGAAGGUCACGUACAAGGCUUCUCAUAACAUUGGGAUAGCGAUGGAUACUGAGCAGGGGUUGAUCGUCCCCAACGUGAAAAAUGUCCAGAUCUGCUCGGUGUUUGAGGUCGCCAUGGAACUGAACCGCCUCCAGAAGCUGGGCUCCACAGGUCAGCUCAGCACUGGCGACCUCACCGGGGGAACCUUCACUCUCUCCAACAUCGGCUCAAUCGGCGGUACCUAUGCCAAAGCUGUGAUAUUGCCACCCGAAGUAGCAAUUGGGGCUCUCGGAUCCAUUAAGGCCCUUCCUCGAUUUAACGAGAAAGGAGAAGUAUGUAAGGCACAGAUCAUGAAUGUGAGUUGGUCAGCCGAUCACAGAGUUAUUGACGGUGCUACAAUGUCACGCUUCUCGAAUCUAUGGAAGUCCUACUUAGAAAACCCAGCUUUUAUGCUACUAGAUCUGAAGUGAAGAUGGGCGACAUCUUUGAACUUCCAAAGAAAAUGUAGAGCCUAGCUGCGCCCGCACGUGUCUCUCAUGACAGUUUAUAUUAUAAAUGGUUUGGGUUGGAUGAUUGAAGUUCUAAGGCACAACAUUUAUCACUAUUCUGACACCCUUUCUACUGGAAAUGAAAACAGUGUACUGGUUCUUCUGGGCAUGGAAUUCUCUCUUAACAUGGUGCUGAGGUCUCCAUGUCAGUGGGUUGAAACUGCAAGAACAACAAUCCCUAUCACUAAAAGACAGGUAGCCAUAGACAGUAUUUGCCCUAUUUCUUUUUCUUAUCUUGAACUGACCCAAUGAAACUUUUGGGUUACACUUUGUUGGGAAAAGGACUGUAUAUAAAAAAAAAUAUUUUCCAUUUCCCAACAAUAAUGCCAAUAAUUGUAUAAACCAAGUGCAAUUAUACUUAGGAUUAAGAUUCCCGGAGGAAUGUUACUCUGCAGAAAUCAUCUGUAAAUGCCUUAUUUAUGUAAAUUAAUAUCUUUUAAAAGGGGAAAUUAUAAGUGGAUCUUAAUGUCCAGUUAUGGUGUUAUAACCAGUAAAGAAGAGAGAGAAGAGUCUUACGGAUGUUAAAGUAACACGACAAGCUGCACACAGAUGAAGACAUCGUGACCGUCGGGCAGAGGCCCACUUCGGUCAGAAAGAGCAUCGAGAUGAACACAGGCCAACAUUCUAAUGCGAUUCGGAAAUUUAGUCGUUUCAAAUACUGUCUAAAAAACUUCAAGUGAAGUUUUAUGAUAGAAGUUGUUUUAACAUGUACUUGAUUGCUUUAAUAAUGGAAAUAAUGUUUCUAUUAGAAAACAGUGGCUCGGCCCUGGCCAGGCAUCUCAGUUGGCUGGAGCGUGCGGGUUCAACCCCAUCAGGGCACAUGCAAGAG